AUGCCGCCCGGUAGCUCGUCCAGAUCGUCCAAGCCAAAGCCCUCGGAGGUGGCUGCCCAGACCAAGAGAAACACCAUCCCUUACAUUCGCAAGCACUACGCCAACACAUGGCCGCUGUAUUCCUACCUCUUUUCGAACCCACUGAGCUUCACACCAGAUCAGUUUCCACAGAGGCCCAUGGGUCUCGCAAACCCGACCUUCUGGAUCCACUCGGAUGAUCCCGUGGAUCUUGCAACGAGCUGGUCAGCGCGGAACAACAACACAAGGGUAGCAUUCAUCUGCGCCGCCAACGAAAAGAGGCCCGGCGGGGACUGGGAGACAGGCGUCGUGGGCUACGAGGAGCGCCUGUGCCGGAGGAGCACGCUGUCCGCCACGAUCGCGACGCCGGGCCCCGCGUCCUACGUGACCGGGAGCCACUACCCCCUGCCCUGGGCGGGAGGCAUCUACUCUGACAGGGUUGUCGUCUUCCGCGGCCCGCACGACAGGUACGAGGAGCGCAAGCUGGAGGAUUGGCGGGCGCUGCCGGUGGUGUCGGUGACGCCCAUGUGCCGGCCCAAGCUCAAGGAGGGCGGGGCCAAGUACUCGUUCGACGACGAGCGCGAGAUGGCCAAGAACAAGCUGCGGGCGGCGCUCAGCAUCUGCGCGUACAACGACAUCCGCAACGUCGUCAUCGGCGACUUCGGCCUGGGCAACUGGUACCGCAACCCGCCGCAGGAGAUGGCCGAGCUGUGGCGCGAGGUCUUCCUGUGGGACACGAACCUGCGCGGCAGGAUCGAGAACGUCGCCUUUGUCUUCGAGGACCCGACCCAGAGCACGAUGCGCCUCAUCCUCGAGGACGCGGCCAAGAAGAACAAGGGUGGUGGCGGCAGCAGCAGCAGCUCGGGCAAGGGAAAGGGCAAGUCGUCCAGCUCGUCCUCGGUCCCCGCCUGUCCGACGGACAUGGCCGUCUUCGAGCGUGUCUUCAACCCGGCCGAGAUCCAGAGAGUCACCCAGCAGCCUGACGGCAGGAUGGGGCUGGGCAAUCUUGUGUGUUAG